AAUCUCAGCCGCAUCAAGAGCUGCAGCGAGUGCGCGCGGAAACUUUAAUUUCGUUCGUUCUUUUUUUAAUGAGAAAAUGUCACUAUUAAUUCUUUUCGGCGUUUUAUUGCAUUGUUGUGCAUUUGGUAUAUCGGAUGAACACGAGACACUGGUAGAUAAUCAUGUGUCAGGGGCAACAAAUGUGAUGAACGUGCCAUUAACACCUUCGCCAGAGAAUGUACGGCAAUUUCAAAGAAAUUAUCCUUUCCCUUCGCUCGGAUACAAACUGCAAAGAUGUCCUCUAUGCGAUAGUUCGAUUUAUCCUUAUUGUGGCGAGAAAUUGUUCCACGACGCCUGCUGCUGUACCGAUCCUUAUGAUUUACCUUAUCAAUGUAAAUUAGCAGACUGUCGAUUCCUGCAUGCCAACAGCUGCAGGGAGCACAGCUUGAUUGCCAACUGUUGUUGCAACGAUGAUUAUCGCACCCUUCUGAAGAGCUUAGCGCAGAAAUAAACCCACCACACAUCGUGUAUAUUUAUCAUUUGCAAAAUAUAUUACGAAUAAUAUAUACGACUGUAAUGUGAUAAUUUGGUCACUCCAAUAUCCCCUUAAUCAGUUCACUACUGGUAUUGAUUCAUACGAAUAUAUAAAAAAAAGUGCUACAUCUGGUAAUUACUCAUACGUGACCAUUUAAAAUAGAUUUGUUAUCAGCGACCUAAAAUACCCCUUAUAAGAUAAGCUUCCAUGUAAAUUAUUUACUUUUACCAGAUUUGACACAAAACGUUGAUUUCGGAUUCACCAGUGAACUU